CAUGGCUUAAUCUUACCUUGAACUUGGUCGUGAGCAGAUCGCCGAGGAGCCAGUGCAUCCACAUAAUCACCUACCCAUAACAACAAACAAUAUUCGUGCGGGUUUUCGAUUCGGGUUUUUUGGAAAAUAGAAUUUGAAAAUGGAACAAAGCGCCGUUGUUCUUGUGCGUGCCGAUAAACGUAUAUAAAUCACGUGUGUGUGUGCUACUGACUUUGGUUUCUCCAGAUUUCCGAUUUCAUCUAACGGUGCUAGUGAACAUACAAUAUAAUAUAAAUCCACAUCGAAGAUUAGGAGAGAGGGGCGGCCAAUACUAACUAUACAAAAUGGACUGGCAGCCGGCAGUUAUAGCAGGCCUCAUCUGUCUGCUCCUGCCAACGCAGAUUUCUUUGGCCAAAGCCUGGAGUUUGCCAGCCCGCCAUGCAGAUCGUUCAGAUCUGGCUUUAUCGCCAGCACACCAGCAAGUUGGACGACGAUUAAAUGAGGUAUCACCGUAUCUGGACCUGGCCUUGUGCCCCAUCAGAGCGGAACCCUGGACCUGUGCCCGCCAACAAUCCGGUCGGAUACUUGAUGCUUGGGAUGGAGAGCUGAAUAUCCAAUGGCAGAAACUAAAAGUCGAGGCCGAUCGGCAGAUGAACGCCACGAUCGAGAGAAGAGGGUACAGCACAUCGGAGUUGCCCGUGAAAGAGAAGCCGUCGACGAUACUGAAGAAAAUUGAGAUCGGCACGAAUUACAUGAAGAAAUACCUGGCCGAGUCCAUGGACGGCUUCCUAGGUCGCGAAUACGAGUAUCUGCAGACACCGAAAGCGGCUGAGGAUGAUAGUGAAACUGAUCAGAGUGGAAAUAGUGCCGAAGAUGACGAUGAGGCGGAUGCGGAUGAUGCCAGCAAUGCGGCGGAGGAGGAGGACAAUGCAGAGGAUGAGGAUGCGGAUGCCAAUAAUGAGGAGGAUGAUGAGGAGGAGGAAGAUGACCGGGAUGAGGAGGAUGACGACUCGGACAGCACGGCGGAACAGGAUCAGGAUCAGGACCAUGAGCCAGAGGCUGAAGCUGACAACGAAGACGAGGAUGUGGAUGAGGCGGUCUCAGCACCCGAGAGUGAUAAUGAAAAGGAAAAUACUCCAAGUAUCUUCAGUGGAGCGCCAGCAGCGCAAUCCCAAGGUGAUGGGAAAAAUCCCGCCUUAGCCGAGGACAACGCUUCAACAGGUGUGGAAUUCAUCGAGCUCCAGGAUGGCGACGAAACUGCGGCGGGUGCGCUGAAAAAGCCGGGCGGCGGUAAACGCAAGAAGAACAAGAAGGGCGGCAAGCGCAAGAAGAACAAGAAGAAGGGUCACGGAUCGGAGACACAGCCCUCCACUUUGGUGGUGGUCCAGGCGGCACCGGAGCACCACGAGGUGGACUCGGGACACGAGGAUGGAUCCUCGGUGAUCAGUCACGGGAGCUCCGAUGACACAGUAUCCGUGGGAAAACCGAUGAGGAAGCGGAAGCACAAGCGACGCAUGAAGGGCAAGCGGAAGCGCAAGGGUCAACAUGGGUCAGCCGUCGUGGAGCACGAGCAGAGCGACCUCAGUCUGGGAUUGGGCCUGCUCGACGAACUGGCGGACGCGGAUGAUGUGCUCUCUGGUGUCGGCGGGGGAAAACGCAAGCACAGGAACCCACUUAAUUAUGGUAGAAGUAACGGAGUUACCCGCGGCAAGAAGAAGAAGAAGAAGAAGGCCAUUGCCAAGUUCAUAAUGAUUGGCAGCUUCCUGAAAGCCAAAAUCGAACUGCUGCUCAAGAUCCUGGGCGCCCAUCUGCAGGUCAAGUUCUUUGCCAUAGCCCUGAUUGGUCUGCUGAUCAAUAUAGCCCGAUUCUGGAUCGAUGUGAAGCGCGGCAGUCCGCCAUCUAAGAUAUGGUAAAAUUUUGGACAGCUCACAAACGUUCUCGGAACGUACAACUCUAAAACAAAAAAAAAAAUGAAAUUAUACAAGAAACAGAAAAACCCAACCAAUGUGUUCUCUAAUAACAGUAUACACUUUAAGACCCAAAACCUCAAACAGAUCUUAGAGUUCGUUUCCAAAGUUUUUUCCUUCACACUGUGUUGUAUACGUUGAACAUGCCCACCAUCAGCACCACUACGAGGACCACGGGGACGACUGGAGCGAGCCGGGUAGCUAUUGGAAGCGCUCACUGCAAACGGAUCCCUCAGUCGAGGACACAGACUCCUCCACGGACAGCUACCAGGUGCGCCAGCCGCAGCAGCAGUCACAGAUCCAGGAUCCCCAUUACCUGGCCUAUCGCAACCAGUAUGGCCAGUGGCAGUAGAUUAAUCCACAAAUCCAAGCCACUCCACCUGAACUCUGACCUCCAAUGGAGACAUUAUUUAUUGUAUUUAUUUGAUUAACAUUCGUGGUACGACGCUGAUUAUUAAAUAAUCCAUAAGGCCCUAGAGCAAAAUUAAUUUUAGCACAAUGAAUGAAAUGCCAGUAAACCAAUUUUAGCUGUAACCCUUAGCCCCCUUAGUGCAAUGCCUUAAAUAUAUGACUAAAUUUUAAAAGUGUACCUUUAAUGAGAAAUCGAAGAACUGUUUCGGAUACAUACGCAGCGAGCAAAACAAACUAGACAUAAGUUAUUUAUGCCAAUUAUUUAUUGUAUUCGUAUGUUAUAUGAUGCUUAUUAAAGAAAACUAAAUUG